UCAUUUCUUUCUCGUGUUUCUCCGCCUCCCGCCGCCGAGUCCCGUAAAAGCAACAGAGGAGGCCCAGGCGGCGCGAGCCACCGUAGUGUCCCUCCGCCCGGCCGAGGGUACUCCUUUUCGUGUCCUUCCACCGUUCCCGGGCGGCGUCCGAGCGGCUCACCGGGGGCGGCGACGCGUCUGCGGCGCGGACGGCGAGGCUCCGGAGCUAUGAGGUGAGGGUGCCCAGGCACCGGAGGCGGCAGCGCGGUGUCAGGAGCCAGGACGCGGAACCCCCAGGCCGGUGGCUGCCUCUGGGACCCCGCGGGCGCACGGGAGGCGAGGAGAGAACAUUGAAAUUAUUCUCUAAGCUAUUUGAAGAGAGUGACUAAAUGCACCUGGGUCAGGCUGUCUGUGGGUAUGAAGUGGUUGGGAGAAUCCAAGAACAUGGUGGUGAAUGGCAGGAGAAAUGGAGGCAAGUUGUCUAAUGACCAUCAGCAGACUCAAUCAAAAGUACAGCACACGGGAAAGGACACGGUGAAGGCUGGCAGAAACGCGGGCGAGAGGAGGUCGAGCAGAUGUAAUGGUAAUUCAGGAUUUGAAGGACAGAGUCGAUAUGUACCAUCUUCUGGAAUGUCUGCCAAGGAACUCUGUGAAAAUGAUGACCUAGCAACCAGUUUGGUUCUUGAUCCCUAUUUAGGUUUUCAAACACACAAAAUGAAUACUAGCGCCUUUCCUUCGAGGAGCUCAAGGCAUUUUUCAAAAUCUGACAGUUUUCCUCACAACAACCCUGUGAGAUUUCGGCCAAUUAAAGGAAGGCAAGAGGAACUAAAGGAAGUAAUUGAACGUUUUAAAAAAGAUGAACACUUGGAGAAAGCCUUCAAAUGUUUGACUUCAGGCGAAUGGGCACGGCACUAUUUUCUCAACAAGAACAAAACGCAGGAGAAAUUAUUCAAGGAACAUGUAUUUAUUUACUUGCGAAUGUUUGCAACUGACAGUGGAUUUGAAAUAUUGCCUUGUAAUAGAUACUCAUCAGAACAAAAUGGAGCCAAAAUAGUUGCAACAAAAGAGUGGAAACGAAAUGACAAAAUAGAAUUACUGGUGGGUUGUAUUGCCGAACUUUCAGAAAUUGAGGAGAACAUGCUGCUUAGACAUGGAGAAAACGACUUCAGUGUCAUGUAUUCCACAAGGAAAAACUGUGCUCAGCUCUGGCUUGGUCCUGCUGCAUUUAUAAACCAUGAUUGCAGACCUAACUGUAAGUUUGUGUCAACUGGUCGAGAUACAGCGUGUGUGAAGGCUCUAAGAGAUAUUGAACCUGGAGAAGAAAUUUCUUGUUAUUAUGGAGAUGGGUUUUUUGGAGAAAAUAAUGAGUUCUGCGAGUGUUACACUUGUGAAAGACGGGGAACUGGUGCUUUUAAAUCCAGAGUGGGACUGCCAGCGCCUGCUCCUGUUAUCAAUAGCAAAUACGGACUCAGAGAGACAGAUAAACGUUUAAAUAGGCUUAAAAAGUUAGGUGACAGCAGCAAAAAUUCAGACAGUCAGUCUGUCAGCUCUAACACUGAUGCAGAUACCACUCAGGAAAAAAACAAUGCAACUUCUAACCGAAAAUCUUCAAUUGGUGUGAAAAAGAACAGCAAGAGCAGAACAUUAACAAGGCAAUCUAUGCCAAGAAUCCCAGCUCCUUCCAAUUCUACCUCAGCUAAGCUAACUCACGUAAAUAAUUCCAGGGUACCAAAGAAACUGAAAAAGCCCGCAAAGCCUUUACUUUCGAAGAUAAAAUUAAGAAAUCAGUGCAAACGGCUGGAGCAAAAGAGUGCUUCGAGAAAACUCGAAAUGGGAAACUUGGUACUUAAAGAGCCUAAAGUAGUUCUGUAUAAAAAUUUGCCCAUUAAAAAAGAUAAGGAGCCGGAGGGACCAGUCCAAGCCUCAGUGGCUGGUGGGUGCUUAACUAGACACGCAGCAAGAGAGCACAAACAGAACUCCGGGCGAGGUGCUCCUGCUCAUGGGGAGGGCGCUCCCUGCACGUACACAACCAGGCGGUCAGUGAGGACGAGAACGAACCUGAAGGAGACCUCUGACAUCCAGCUUGAACCAAACACAUUGGACGGCUGCAAGAAUGGCUUGACGGAGCCUUGCCCCGACAGUGACGAGCAGCCGACUCCUGCCGUGCCGGAGGAAGAACUGGCUCAUGAGACUGCACAGAAUGGGGAAGCAAAGUGUCAUAAGAGUGACAACAGCAUGUCGAGAAAGAAGUCAAGACAAGGAAAACUUGUGAAACAGUUGGCAAAAGCAGAGGAGUCCGCUCCGGUGCAUGAUUCCCCUGGCAAAGCCGGCGUGGUGCCAGACGUGAUGGGGCCCCACUCAGACCAGGGCGAGCACAGCGGCCCAGAGCGCGUGCCUGGGAGCUACCCAGACUGGCCUCCUUCCCCUGGGGGUGCUGCGGUGGUGACAUCAGAUGGCUUCAAAGCAAAAGACAACUUCAGAACUGCAAAAAGUAAAAAGAAGAGGCGAAUCACAAGGUAUGAUGCACAGUUAAUCCUGGAGAAUAACUCGGGGAUUCCCAAGUUGACUCUUCGCAGGCGUCAUGAUAGCAGCAGCAAGACAAACGACCAAGAGAACGAUGGAAUGAAUUCUUCAAAAAUAAGCAUCAAGUUAAGUAAAGACCAUGAAAAUGAUAAUAAUCUCUAUGUAGCAAAGCUUAAUAAUGGAUUUAACUCAGGAUCAGGCAGUAGUUCUACAAAAUUGAAAAUCCAGCUCAAACGGGACGAGGAGAGUAGGGGGUCCUAUACUGAGGGGCUUCAUGAAAAUGGGGUGUGCUGUAGUGAUCCUCUCUCUCUCCUGGAGUCUCAGAUGGAAGUUGACGACUACAGUCAGUAUGAGGAGGAAAGUACCGAUGAUUCCUCCUCUUCGGAAGGAGAUGAGGAGGAGGAUGACUAUGAUGAUGACUUUGAAGAUGAUUUUAUUCCUCUUCCUCCAGCCAAGCGAUUGAGGCUAAUAGUUGGAAAAGACUCUAUAGAUAUUGACAUUUCUUCCAGGAGAAGAGAAGAUCAGUCUUUGAGGCUUAAUGCAUAAGCUCUUGGUCUUAAUCUGACCUGGGAUACCUACUUUAAAGAAAUAAAAAAUUCCAGUCAAUUAUUCCUCAACUGAAACAUUUUAGUGGCAGCACUUCUGUUGUCUCUUCCCUUCUCAGCAUAGUGCUGUAGAGUGUACAACGCACUGACUCUGCUGAAGUCUAGUUUGUGCAGAUUUUUAUUGUACUUUUUCAGUAGCCUUCUUAUGUGCAAUUCGGAGGUAGAGGUAAAGCCCUGUUGUAAAAUAAAGGCUCAAGCAAAAUUGUACAGUGACAGCAACUUUCCACCCAGGACGUUGAAGACAAUAACGUGGCUACACAGUUUUCUUUUUUUAACUUUAAGAGCAUCAACUGGCUCUUUAAUAUAUGACUAAACAAUAAUUUAAAACAAAUCAUAGUAGCAGCAUAUUAAGGUUUUCUAGUAUAUGCUAAUAUCACCAGCAAUGAUCUUUGGCUUUUUGAUUUACUUGCUAGAUGUUUCCCCUUUGGAGUUGUGUCAGUUUCACACUGUCUGCUGGCCCAGGUGUACUGUUGUGGCCUUGGUUAAAAUAGCAAACCAUCGGUUGGGAGUCAAAUUGGUUUCUUG